AUGUUUCCAAAUGCAGGAACCAUGGUCAGUAAGGACGCCGGCCAAUGCGUGCUCACGACGUCAGAGAGCGACGUGGAACCCGCCGCCUGCCUGGCCCUCGAGAUGAAAUACGCCCUGGACCCCAACCGGCAGAUCAAGAAGCGGAACAAAGCCCUGCAGGUCCGGUUUAAGGACAUCUGCGAGGCGCAGAGCGAGCAGCGGGAUGCGCAGCUGCCCGUGGGGCCCGGGGCCGAGAAGCGGGAGGCCAGGCCCCCGUCCCACCGUGCGGCCUACCGCAAGUACAUGACGGUGCCCGCGCGGAGGUCCAUCCCCAACGUCACCAAGAGCACAGGCGUGCAGACCUCGCCAGACCUGAAGAAGUGUUACCAGACUUUCCCUCUGGACCGCAAAAAGGGGACCGCCCGGAGCGUCCCCGCCGCCGCGGAGGCCUUUAAGAGUCAGAACAACGGGUUUGUCGUAGAUGCGAAAGAGAAGAGCGAGGAAGGGCCCGGGGAGGAGGCCCGGCCGUGGGCUGCGGGCCGGGUGCAGACGACGGCGGCGCUGGUGUUCCGCUCCCACGAACACGUGAACGCCCCGGAGCGGCCCGCCGGGGCCAACUGCGCUGAGCCCUGCAGAAACCCCGGCGCGCACAGCUGCCCGGAAGCGCUGCCCCAAAACGCCGCCCGGCCCCCUCACCGCGAGCCCGACCACCCGCUGCACGGGGCAGUGAGGCAGGGCAGGGCCUCCCCAGACACGGAGGAAGCCGCUCCCGCGGCCCACGGCAGGGUGUUUAAGACGGAGGUGGCCACCGUGUACGCACCUGCUGCUGGCACCAAGGCCCCCGAGCCUGCCUUGUCGAACUCUGCCACUGGGAGCGAGGGGUCCCUGGGCCCCGCGGCCGCCGAGGAGCGGAGCAGGGCCGCCCAUCCCAAUGGGCUCCAGGCGCCCCCGACGCAGUGCCUGUCCCCCGCACGUAGUGACCAGCCCCCGCAGACUGAGGCCCCCGCGGGGCCAGAGCACCAGCCUUGUCCGACAGCGGUCGCUAUGGGUGAGGAAUGCCAACAAAUCGUGCCUCGUACGGAAGUGGUGGACCUCAAAGCACAGCUUCAGGUGAUGGAGAACUUGAUCAGCUCCAGCCAAGAAACCAUCAAAGUGCUCUUGGGGGUCAUCCAGGAGUUGGAGAAAGGAGAGGCCCACCGGGAAGGGCUUUCGUAUCGGACCGGGCAGGACACAGCUAACUGCGACACGUGCAGGAACAGCGCAUGUAUUAUCUACAGUGUGGAGCUGGACUUCAAGCAGCAAGAAGACAAACUCCAGCCCGUCCUGAGGAAGCUCCACACGUUUGAGGAAACUCAGGUCGCCCCUUCGCCUUACUCGCAGGAGACGUCCUCCGCGACCCCCAAGCAAAAAUCCAAAACGGAAUCCAAAAAGCACGGACGCUGGAAACUCUGGUUCCUCUAA